GUUUCCAAGUGAGAAUCUUGGUUCACGCAUGCGCAUCAUGUCCCCUCCCUCAGAAAGUAUAUCCAUGUGUUUCUGAGGCUUGACUUGGUACAAUAUUUUACUUGUGGAAAUAGAAAGUGCCGUUUUUUCAAUAUGGGAGGACAAGCUAAGGGUAAAAAGAAAGGCAAACCACGGAGGAAAGAGAGCCGUACCGGCAAGGAUCCCGGAAUUGUGGCACUAUCAGCGCAGGAGAGGAUGCAAGUGAGAAUGCAUAUGAAGGCAAAGAAGAAAACUGCUGCCAAGUACUCUAUUGAGCAACUCCUAGAAAAGACAGAAGAAUGCAUGGACAGCUUUGACUUUGAGAUGGCUGGACUGUACUGUCAACGUGCCUUGGACCUGGAGUCCGCCAACCUGCAGGCUCUUGAAAUGCUGGGACACAUCUCCUCUGAGCUUGGAGACACACUGAAAGCUAAGGGGAUAUCCUUUAUCUGUUGUUGUCGCACAUCAUACCUUGUCGUAACUCGUGCUCCUUAACUAACUAACGCUUUUCUGCGUGCUGUGGAGCUGAGCCCUGAUACAGGCCACAGUAAGUACAUGUACCUGGGGCAGAGCCACACUGGCCAGGAGGCUGUAGAUUUCUACACCAAAGGAAUACAAGUCCUGCUCUCUGCACUGGACAAACAAGCACAAACCACUGCCCAGGCUGAAGCUGCAGCACCUGCCGGUGAGGACCCUGAACGCCCGACAAGGAAGGAUGCGAGCGUGGCGUACUGCUCCGUUGCAGAGAUUUACCUGACGGAUCUCUGCAUGGAGGAGGGAGCCGCUGACAAGUGCAAAGAGUUAAUUGAGAGAGCGUUACAGUAUCACCCUGACAACCCUGAAGCCCUACAGCUCAUGGCCAGCUACCUGUUCAGUACAGAGAAAAAUAAGGAAGGCAAAGAAUACUUGUUGAAGAGUGUCCGACUGUGGUUGCCCACCCACGAACGUACCGCAGCUUCCGCCAGCCUCGGAGAAGAUGUGCAGAACGAGAUCCCACCGUACGAGUCUCGUAUCGCCACGGCCAAGCUGCUCAUCGAAGCAGAGGAAUACGAGAUGGCAGUGGAAGUAUUAGAGGGUCUUCUGGAGGAGGAUGAUGAGGUUGUUCAGGUGUGGUAUCUUUCCGGCUGGGUGUGCUACCUUCAGCUCGAGAGGGCCAAGGAGCAGCAAGGAAGAGAGGGGUCAGUAGUCAGCCAAGAAGAGGAAGAGGAGAGGACGGCGCUGAAGGAAGCGGCCAGAUUGCACCUGACCAACGCUAAAAAGCUGCACGGUAAGCUGCACUGCGACGACCAGCCCGUGUUGGAGCACGUCGAGCAGCUGCUGAGCGAGUUGGGAGGAGAGAUGGAGGCCGAAGAGGGAGAUGCGGGCAUCGACGAUGACUACGAACCUGCUAGUGAUGAUGAAGAGGAGGAAGCAAAGGAGGAGACAGCCAUGGAACAUUGACCACACCCCUUUUUUUGCCUCCUGCCUGCGCUCUGUAAUGUCACAUUUUCCUUUCAAUAUGUCUACGACAUACAUUGGUUACGCCUGCUUGUAUUCUAGGGAGUCCAUUAAACUCUAACAGUUUAUCUUAA